GUGUCAACCGCGUGUCAAAGCGUAGCCGUAGUCGGAUUUUGGAAGUGCGGCGGUGUGCUUGAAGUGCAGCGUGUGUAGGACAUAAAUCAAAACGGAUUGAAAAUAUGAUCGUAAUCACGAGUUUAACGUGUGUAGGGGAAGGUCUGAUUGAAGGAAAUGGCGUUAAUGCGUUUGAAAAGAGCGAAUAGAUUGUUGAUGUGGCAACAUUACUCUUUCUAUCCAGUGCCGGACAUACUUGGACGUGGCUUGUAACUUGUGUGGGGUGUGGACAUGUACUACUUGAAAUUAUGUUAUAAUUUCUAAGCGCAGUUCCCGUUCAAGAUGUCGAGUGUGUCGAAUCUCAAAGUCGCAUCCAAUAUUCAGCAGAGACGAGUGUUGAUAUUGAAACAUUUAAGUCUUAUUACGCUCACAUUACAGAAUGCAAUUCUCGGUCUCAGUAUGCGGUAUGCAAGGACUAGAGUGGGUGACAUGUUUUUUUCGUCAACUGCAGUAUUUAUGUCUGAAGUUGUGAAGCUAUUUACAUGUAUUUUGUUGGUAUGGCAAGAAGAAGGUUCCUUGCAGAGAUGUGUAACAGCUUUACACAACACUAUUAUCAAGCAGCCCAUGGACACUUUGAAAGUAUGUGUACCGUCAUUGGUAUACAUCAUUCAGAACAAUAUGCUUUAUGUAUCUGCGUCUCAUCUCGAUGCAGCAACUUAUCAAGUAACAUAUCAGUUGAAGAUUCUCACAACUGCCAUGUUCACUGUUUUGAUUUUACGAAGAAGCCUCCGACCUUUACAAUGGGUGGCUCUUGUAGUAUUGUUGAUAGGAGUGGUUUUGGUGCAAUUAGCACACACUGAUCCUCCAACUCCUCCACCUGCAGGUGCUCCAAAACAGAAUCGUUUUAUUGGUUUUUCUGCCGCUUUGUUUGCAUGUGUUCUUUCUGGCUUUGCAGGAAUAUAUUUUGAAAAAAUUCUCAAGGGAUCAGACAUUUCUGUAUGGAUGCGUAAUGUGCAGCUUAGUUUUUUGUCUCUGCCAUUUGGUCUCUUAACAUGCCUCUUCAAUGAUUGGACGAAAAUCAAACAUGUUGGUUUCUUUUUUGGGUAUGAUUUCUUUGUUUGGUACUUAGUUGUUCUCCAGGCUGGGGGUGGUCUCUUGGUUGCAAUGGUGGUUAAAUAUGCUGACAACAUUCUUAAGGGUUUUGCUACGUCAUUGGCCAUUGUUAUAUCAUGUAUCGCAUCCAUUUAUCUCUUCAAUUUCCAACUUGAGCUUCAAUUUGUAGUAGGGGCACUACUUGUUAUGUGUUCAAUAUUUAUGUACAGUUAUCAGCCUAAAGCUCCCCAACCACAGAGUGGCAUUACUAUAAAGGUAUAAAAGACACUGCAAAUGGAUGUGUAUUUUAGUGGUGUUUUUAUGCCAGUGUCGUAGAUAAUGUAUGUUUGUUUUGCUAUACCUUUGAAGAAAAAGUAGUUUCAUGCUAUGGAAGACUAGAGGAAGGGAAAUCAUUUGCUUAACAAGCAAAAUGAUAAAUCAAAAGCAUGCUAUUCUGAGAGAAUAACAUACAUAAUACACAUGCAAAUAUGGAUUUGCAGACAGAGAUAGACAAGGAAAGAACUAGUAACUGAAGCCAGAAGCAUAGUUGCCACUCAGAAUGAAUCAGUCUAGGUAACUGCUAUUUCACUUCUUGAAUGACUGAUGUAUCAUUCCCUCAAAUUAAACUGUUUCAUGAAAACUUUUGUUUAAGAGGGCAAUCCCAUAAUUAAAACUGCUCAGUUAAUUAGCCUUUGAAUUUAUUCCUAACUGUGUAUCCUACUUGGCACAAAACUAAAUUAAGAUUUUUAGCAGUAUUACUGGUUUGUCCAGAUCUUUUAUUCUCUAUUUUCUACUUUUAUUGCCUGUUAUUUACUACUGAAUUUGCAAUAUUAUCAUUAUAUGUUGUAUUAUGAUUAUUUCACAAAACUUAAAUCCAUGUAAGAUGUUAGAUUCUUUGUGGUUGUCUCAGAUAUACUUUUUUUAAUGUGACAUAAGUCUGAUGACAUGUAUAUCUUAUUCCAAAUAGUUAAAAGUAUAACUUAAUGUUAAUAGAUCAUUGUCAGUGACUGGAGGCACAUGUUGUGUUUAUGGUUGUUGCUUAAAACAUAUUCCAAAUUAACUAAAUUGCUUAGGGGAUUAUCAUUUGUGACACAAUAUUUUAAAUGGAAACAUUUUUAAUAACUAAGAUUUUUGGAGAAUUGGAAUGUCAGUAUCAGAAGUGUGAUACAUGAGGUUAUUUUUAUGCCUAGAGAGGUAUGUGCUGUGUCAGCAACAUGCUCAAGUUGUUUCUUCCAUAAUAUUUUCAUUUGACAGAAAGAGAUUGUAUUUACAUGUAAAUAUCAUAAGACUAUUUUCAUCCAGAGAUGUUUCUAUUACUGACUGAAAGAUUUUGUACAAAUUGCCAGUAUUGCUCAUUCGUCUGAUAAAAUUUUAUAAUUACAUGCACACACAUUAUUUUUUGGAUCGAUAAAACAUGCAACAAUGUUUUUCAGAUAGGUUAAUACAUUAGGUAGUACAGUAAAAAAUAAAUGUUGGAGAACUCUGUAGAAACAUUCAUGAUCGUAUAAUGUGGUACGGUGCUGAGUGGUGUUACUUUGAAACAUGAAGUGCUGCACAGAUAUCAUCAUUGGAAUUGUGUAAAUUGGGUUAAGAUGCAGAAAGUGUUAAGAAUCAGUUCCACUGACAGUAGUUAGAAAAUUAUGGUGGUGUUUCCUGGAAUCGGUUGUUAUAUAGUUUUAUCAUUGGCAGUGAACCACAGAAAUUCUGUUGCUCAAUAGCACGUCUCUAACAUACAGAAAAUGACUGUCUGACAGGAGCAUCUUAAGCCUCUACCUUGUUGCUUGGUUAACUACAUAAGAUUUAGUUUGCUUAUAAUUCUGGCAUUGUACAAAUGUAUGUAUGUAUGUAUCAGCUUGUUACAGCAAGUGUAUUAAGUGAGGCCUCAAAGGCUAGCUUACAGUUAAGAGUAGAAAAUAUGUGGAGAAUUGGAGUCAGUCACAGUAUAAAACUGCAUAUUGCAUUGGAAAUUAUUCUUCGUAACACAGGUACACUGCUGGAGUAGUGCACAAAGAUUUUGUGUUUACUGCAGCCAAAUUUGCUAAUGGUCUUACAUUUGUAGGAUGUGUUAUUACUUUUCUCACAGUCAUCGGAUCCUGGAGUAAUCAGGUUCAAUGAUGGGUCACUUUGUGAUCAUCUCUAACUUUGAGUCUUUGAUCAUCUAACAUUCCAUUCAAAGCAACAGGUACAAUUGUUACAGAUAGUUAAUCAGUGUUUAAAUUCCAUUUUCUUCUCUAGAACUUGUGUAGGCAUUAUGCAGGAUAAUGCAUAUAGUCUCCCACCUUGCCCAUUUUGUACACUGUGAUCUAAAGAUGUUAUGCUUAAGCAGAAAUGGGGAGUUAAAAGGAUAUGUUUCAGAAAGAAAUUGUUUAUGUGCGAAUAAUCUGUCACUUGGUACAGAGACUACCAAGAUCAUUCACAGAAGAUGUAUCAGCUUGUUACAGCAAGUAUAUUAAGUGAGGCCUCAAAGGCUAGCUUACAGUUAAGAGUAGAAAAUAUGUGGAGAAUUGGAGUCAGUCACAGUAUAAAACUGCAUAUUGCAUUAAAUCACCCUCUGCCUUUAUUGAAGAGUGUUUUAUAUUGUAGGUGUACACUCUGGCUGUACAGCACCAGAGUUCAGUGUCACGAGCAUGAUAAAUGAUACUUAAAUUUACUGAUUUAAAACCCAAGAGACUACAUUCCUGAAACAAAACUGAAGUUUGUAGCAUUUCAUGAAGGCUUGGUUGUUGAAGUGGGUCUUAAUCCAUUGUAUAGUCAUCAUGGCUUUUCAGUGGAACACUUAAGCAUCAUUGCCUAAUCACUAUUUUUGGGCUAAACAGCUACAGUCUGUUAUGGAGGACUUCACGUUAUGUGUAGCCAUUGUUAUUUUGGCUUUUGUUUUCAUUGGUCCCUUUAUUAUGAAAACUGAAAAUCAGUAAGAAACAUUAUAGAGCUGUUAAUUGCAAACACAUGGGAGAACUGUACUACACCAAGAUAGAUGGAUGUCCUAAACAAAGAUGUAUUAACUAGAAUUCUUGGAGGACAGUGUUGAACUUGAUGGAGACACCCAAGCAUUGUCAUGAAAAUGAAAGUGUACUGAAACACUUCGUAAAGAACCCUUCUUGCCAAUGCACAUCACUACCAGGAUGUGUAAUUCAUUUUGUGUUAAUGUGGUAUUGUGGAGUGUAUAAGCACCAUUAUGUGAAAUUUGAGUAAACUGUUCAUUUACAAUUUGGAGUUUUUAUUAAGAAAAUAACAAAUAAGCGAAAAAAUUAGAGGAAAAGGAAGAUGGGGAGAACAAUAGAAAGAAAAAGUGGAAUUAAAAAAUGGACAUCUUUUCAUUUAAGUAUAUACUACCUUUUUUUGAACGUUACAAAGGAACCAGGCAACACAGGUAAGGGAAAUGGACUUAUUUGCACUCGGAAGCUCAGUAAUUAAUAGGGACAACAGUCUUCACAGCUGCCUCAGAAAAAAAAUGGGCCCCACAUAAAAUUGUAAAUUUGCGUACACCUAAGUGCAAAACAAGAAAAUUCCCAUUUGAAAAUGUUUUAUUAACAUUAAAUGGGGGAAGGAGCACUUAUCAACAGCUGCAAAAAAAAGAGAGAGAGAUAUUGACUGACUAGAAUGCUAAAAGGUAUUUCUUUUCUUUGACAUAAUUAGCAGAUAGUUUGCUAACUCUUAUAAAACUGUCACAAUACACUAUAGCAUUGUCUGCUAUUCUGUUUUAGAUUCUUUUCUGCCUUCCAUUUACUAUUUUGUUGUAGUGUCCCAUGCUUUGGAAUCAGUGUGUGAUUUCACAUUUAUUAUAAACUGCUAGUGUCUCCCUUCCACUAUUCAGAAACAUCAGUGUGUUUUCAUGACAUGAAAAAUAAUAUUUGUGUAUUUGACAUGAAUGGAGACUGUGCAUCAUUUGUCACCAUAUGGUAACUACUAUGUAGUAGCUCUUAUUUUAAAUUUUGUUCAUGUCAAGCAUUCAAGAUUUCAUGAAUGUUUACUGAAAUUGUAAUAACUGUUAGUAUUUAACCAGGCAGACUUUCUCAUACCGAUUAGGUACAUCAAACAAUAGUCUAAUUACUGUAGUCUUGGACAAAGGUUGUUUGAAAUUACAACCUUUUUUAUGGUGUUUUCUGUGGCUCUUUGUACUUAGUUUAAAUCAAAAUACCACAUUUUGUAAUAGCCUUUAAAGCUUUGAUUUGUACUGUGUAAAAUAUUUUGACAUAGUUGCUCUUUAUCCGAGUACUAAGUCAUGUAAUUGGUGCGGUUUGGCUGACAUCAAUGGAUGUUGCUUAUUUAUUUAUAUGUUUAAUUAGCUCUUUGUUGCACAGAGCUCUCUCUCUCUCUCUCUCUCUCUCUCUCUCUCUCUCUCUCUCUCUCUCUCUCUCUCUU